AAACCUUCCCACGCCCGUCUUCUUUCUUUUCUUUCUACCUCUCACGACUCCACCAACCACCUCCAAUAUUCCACUCAGGAUAGCCAAAGAGGCGAGGACGGUAGGUCUGAACUUCUUCUACACUUCCACUGCCUCUUCUACCCUCUUCUUCCACCUCCUCACCUCAACCCGCCUAACCUCCAACUCCCCUUCUCAUUCCUCUGCUGCACCUCCUACUGCACACCCGCCCCCCAUUCCUAUAUACGCCAAACUCGUAGCUAAUGUACCUGCAUUAGAAGAGUUGGGCGAGCUCGACGAAGAAAAAAAAAGAGAGAAGCAAAGAUCAAGGAAGACCAAGACGAUCCACCUGCUCUCCGCGAGUGUUUGUGUGCUGUGUCUGGUACCUGCCUGAAUAGAGACCUCCAUACAAACGGCCCUCCACCGCUUGUUACUCAGCCCCGAUUUCAGAAGAAAAAGGGCAUUCCCUCGCUUCGCAUCGUCACCGUCCUCGGCUCCAUUCGUGCAACCCGCAUUGCAAUUCCGAGAGACUCACCACAAAGUCUCCUCUUCUGCCACCUCGACAAACGUCUUCUCCAUCAGUCAGCCUGCACCCUAAGGCUUACCACCGCCAAUUCGACAAGACACCGCAGCUACCAAACCGCCGCCGCCAUCUCCAUCAAACCUCAGAUGCUACGAAGAUAGAAUCUCCUGAUUUUUAACGACUGCUUACGACGACCACGACCGUCCUGAUCUGUUUCUUUUCCUCAAAAGAACCAUUGUGUGUUGUACGGAUUAUUCCGUCCAUACUUUGUAGCACCGUCACCGCUGGAAGCAACUGCAGUCUUUGCGCCGCCGAGCCCCGUCCGCUGCUCCCAAUUGCCCUUGCUCCAAGCUUUUUCGGAUAUCCAAUCCGGCACCACGACAAGACUCCUUGAAAGAGAAUUGCUUUCUCUUUCCGCACGUCUGACAUCCUGCUGCUGUCGUAGUUUCGAGGCUCGCCAGGCGACCCGGACUUUACUGACCUCUGGUGCUUGGUGGUAGAACCUUCGGGGCAACAACCGUGAAGCUGGAUUUACCGUCGAUUUCUUCAGUGCAAACCCGGGGACCGACCGACGUGUCGUAUUACAACGCUCACCCGGCUCAGAGGCCGUCGUACAUGAACAGCGAGAGAGUGCCGUCUCUUCCAUUGCCCAACCUGCAUCAGGCGUACUCAUCGGGUACCUCGUCACCCCGGGUCAGCUCCAUUGGCUCCGCUUCAAGCUCUCACGCAGGUUCGCAGUCGUCCUUCACGUCGGCCGCAUCCUCCCACGGACCCAAGACACCUUCUCCCACUCUGCCCAUCAACGCGGCGAUUCCUGGAUCUUCCGGUCAACCAAUUCCUGGUUACGAGCAUUACCCCGCCAUGAAUCAACCUGCAGCAGACAUGUACUAUCAGCAACAUAUUUCUGCCGGUCAAGCGCCACCGCCCCAGACCGUGACCUCCGGCGCAAUGUCUUACCACUCCCAGCCACCGCCGUUACAGCCAAGCCAUCUGCCUCAAUAUCAGCAGCAGACUCAAUACGGCCAGCCGUACGGUUAUGCCAAUGGCCUGACUUCGCCCCAAAGCGCUCCCGUGAACAACGGAAUGGGUGGACAAAACGUGCUGCCUCUCCCAGGUGUCAACCCUGGAGGGUUCCAGGGUUUUGACACCACUGGCCAAGUCGCUCCUCCCGGUAUGAAGCCCAGAGUCACAGCCACUUUGUGGGAGGACGAAGGCAGCCUGUGCUUCCAGGUUGAGGCACGAGGCAUCUGUGUUGCGCGUCGCGAGGAUAAUCACAUGAUCAAUGGAACCAAGCUGUUGAACGUCGCGGGUAUGACCCGUGGUCGCCGCGAUGGAAUUCUCAAGAGCGAGAAAGUGAGACACGUCGUCAAGAUUGGCCCUAUGCACCUGAAGGGUGUCUGGAUCCCUUUUGAGAGAGCUUUGGACUUUGCAAACAAGGAGAAGAUCACCGAACUGCUCUAUCCCCUCUUCGUCCACAACAUUGGCGCUUUGCUCUACCACCCCACGAACCAGACUCGCACCAACCAGGUCAUGGCUGCUGCUGAACGCCGCAAGGCAGAACAGAGCCAGAUGCGCGGUGCUCCUCAGAACGGCGCACCUGGGCUGCCGUCUAUCCAACAGCACCACCACCACUCUAUGGGAUUGCCUGGACCUCAGCAACCUCUGCCGUCCCAUGCUAACAUGGGCCGUCCCACUCUCGACCGCGCCCACACGUUUCCUACUCCCCCGACUAGCGCUUCUAGCGUAAUGGGUGGCAGCAUGGGUGCCUCAGACAACGGAUUCCAAUGGGCUCAAUCUCAAGGAAUGGCCAACGCGCAGCCCCAGAACCCCAUGUCUAUUGACACUGGUCUCAGCAAUGCCCGUUCCAUGCCGGCAACUCCUGCCUCCACACCGCCUGGCUCCACCAUUCAGAACAUGCAGCCCUAUCAGACCGGCACACAGCAAUACGACAGCUCGAGGGCCAUGUACAACCAGUCUUCUCAGCAGUCCCCUUACCAAACCAGCCAGGGCUCGCAAGAUCGCUCCGUAUACGGCCAGAACGACCCAUACGCUAAGAGUGAUAUGGGUCCUCCGUCAGCACGGCCCGCUGCAACGAGCGCCUCCCAGGAUCAGAAGCCCUCAAACGGCAUCAUGCAUCCUGAUUCCAAUGCUUCUCAGCCUGCGGGCGAGGAAGAGGCUGACCACGAGCAUGACGCCGAGUACACCCACGACAGCAGCGCCUACGAUGCCAACCGCGGAUCGUACAACUACUCCGCUCCUCCCGUUGGAUCCCUCUCCAACGAACACCAACAUCUCUCUCCUGAGAUGACAGGCUCACCCAGCCACCCUCCUGCAUCCGGCCGUGCUACUCCCCGUACCGCCGCUGCACCUCAGCCUUACUACUCCCAGCAGGCCGGCUACAGCACGCCUCCGCGUGUCGCCCAGCAAUCUUCAAGCAACCUCUUUAAUGUAAUCACCGACCGCAAUUCUGCAGCUGCUGGCGGUAACAAUGUUUACCAGCCUCAGUCCGACAUGAACUCCAUGCCCAACGGGUACCCCUCACAGAUGAACGGUGCUUCGAGUGGCAUCAAGCGUGGUCGUGAUGAUGACGACGACCUGCAGCGUCCGCUGAGCGGUGGCGGCAUGGACAUGAAGCGCAGAAAGACGCUCAUGAACUCGGCUGUUCCCACGUAUGACACCAUGGCUCGCGCUCCUCCUGUUAUGGCUCAACAGCAGCAAGGAAGGUAGUGGCAGCGACAUUUGUGGGCCGGCCAUACUCUAUCAGCCCUGAACCUCAGUCACUUCAUUGGUGGGCGUUGUGGCGACAUUUGGUUUGAGGCAUAAUGAUAAACUGAUUAUGAUCCUGAAGCCUCGAGUGCGAGGUCUCUUGACAUUCUUUGCACACCAAUUUUCUUAUUUGUCUUUUUAUUCGCGAGACGACUUUUCGGCAUCGAGGACCCACUGGAGACGACGCUGACGAGCUGACGACUUCUCAUUCCCUGUUUUUUAAACGCCCAUCACGGCUGUAGAUGCUGAUGAAUGACGCCUUGCAUGGGGGAGGACGUAAUCCUAAAGACUCGACCAUUCUUCUUUUUUCCGGAUCUUCGGGACAACAUACACGAAAGAGCACGGUGGGGUUGGAAACUACGGCCUGUUGGCCCGUUAUGAUACUCGGGCAAUGCGGCAUGCGAACACCACACCGGAGGACGGACCAUCAACAUCACCGACAUCUUUUCCUUUGCUUUGGUUUCGAAUACAGUGGAGGAUCAUCUGGCGCUGAAAUGUGUCAGAGAUGGGGGAUUAGGAUGAUGACCUUAUGACGAUUGUUCCUUUCACAAAAGUGUGAGACGUGUGUUGGAAACUGUCUCUUUAGGUAAUGACUUGACGAAUGGAA